AUGCUCGGCCAGCAACGAACCCUCGUUGUGUCCGUCGUAGCCGCUCUUGUUGUAUAUCUUGUGUACUUUCAUGGCCGUCGCAUUCCCGAGUCAUUCCACGCAAUCCAGGAAAGCGAAAUCUUCAAAAUUACUGACGAUAAUACACAUCAUGCAUCCCCUACAACCCCCGGAAGCCUCCCUUCUGAUGUAUCCACACCCAGCGCAAACGCCUUUAGCGCAACUCCUGCGCCCGAUCCAUUAGAUCCAGAUUCUAGUGAUGCCUUCGAUGGCCUACUCCACCUGUGCAAGGAAACCAACUGGACUGAUGGAUUAUGGGUUCAAUGCCAUAGUAACUGUGGUGACAAUAGUACUUCGAUGUGUGGCGGGCUCAACAAUGCUAGGAACAGGGUGCAGACAUGUCUUCGACUGGCAAUUGAUACUGGCGCCGGCAUGAUCAUUCCCUCGGCAACGACUAGGGACGAAAAUGACUUGGUGAACACGAAUGACAAGACAGUCUGUGCAGAUUUCUUCUGGAAUAUGGGAUACAUGCAAGAAGCAUUAGCAGAACAGUGCCCACAACUUCAAAUCCGACAAUGUGACGACAGAAGUGGAAUCACCAAAGUCAUCGAACCGAAAUUCAGGCUAUACAAGGAAGCCGCUCACAGCAACACCACGUUUCGGGAGCUGGUGAGGUAUACGUUGGAGCAAGAUAACAUGACUUUCGCUGAUAUCACUCCUUCAUCACCGGCCGUUGUCUCUUUUGGAGAUACAUACAUUGGAUUCAACUACAUGGUUGCUGCCGAACUAUCCACAAUCCGCAAAGCACUUUUCAAAGUCCUCAAGUUCAAUCGCGAUCUUCUUGACUUGGGCGAUCAGAUUCUGAAGAGCGACGAGCUUCAUCAAGGCGCGUUUAUCGGUGUUCAUCUUCGAGGAGAGAACGAUUGGCCAGGAGGAUUUGGUACAGUCCAAACCCAGAUGGAGGCCUACGUCGCCGAGAUUCAAAAGAUUAAAGCCAGUGUCUCUUAUGAAAUCAAGGCUGUAUACGUCAGCUGUGGAGAUUCUACUGCAAUCCGGGCAUUUCGGGAAAUGCUGGUACCACUAGGCUUUGUGGUUCAUGACAAAUGGACACUGCUAGCUAAGCAGAAUGAAACUCUUGCUAGAGUCGAAGCUUUAGGAUUCGACCAGAAAGGCAUUGUGGAAUACCAGGUCUUGGUUGGAGCGCAGUUUUGGAUCGGGAUUAUUACGUCUUCCUUCUCUUCGUUGAUUGCUUAUGCGAGGACAGUCGACGAUACCGAUGACUUCUUCGAAACUUCCAUCUUCCCAGGAAGUUCAAAAUCAGGUCUGGACCGGGGAUAUUCGGAACCUAAUACCGUGAAGGGAAGUCUCAAUACGAAAUUGAUGGUAGUGGAUGGGACUGAUAUCAUGGAGGCGUUUCCUUGA